AUGACCAUCUUAGGCAAUCAUAACAUCUCUUGGACUGUAAGCGAGUUCAUCCUUCUGGGCUUUCCAUGCAAUCAGGAAAUAAAAAUCCUUCUCUUUGUAUUGUUCUCUAUUGUGUAUGCACUGACUCUGAUGGGGAAUGGGACAAUUGUCUGUGCUGUGUGGUGGGACCAGCAGCUCCACACUCCCAUAUACAUUUUACUGGCCAAUUUUUCUUUCCUUGAGAUCUGCUACAUCAACUCCAGUGUGCCCAACAUGCUAGCAAAUCUUCUCUCCAAAGUCAAGACCAUUUCCUAUAAUGGCUGCAUCCUUCAAUUCUACAUCUUUUCUUCUCUAUGUGCAACAGAACUCUUCUUCCUGGCCCUCAUGGCAUUUGAUCGGUAUGUUGCUAUCUGCUAUCCACUCCACUAUCCCACCAUUAUGACUAGGCAGCUAUGUGCCACCCUUGUGUCUACCUGCUGGGUAGGUGGCUUCCUUUGGUUACUGACUCCUGUUACUCUCCUCUCCCAGGUGCCCUUAUGUGGUUCAAAUAUCAUUGAUCACUAUUUAUGUGAAUUAGGAGCAAUGCUUGCUUUAUCAUGUAUACCUGUCCCCAAAACUACUCUAAUCUGUGGUGCUGUAAGUACCCUCAUUACCUUUAUUACCUUAAUUUAUAUCCUUGUGUCCUAUACCCAAGUGCUAAGAGCUGUGCUACGUGUGCCAAAGGGCUCAGGAAGACAAAAAGCCUUCUCUACUUGUGCUUCCCAUCUAGCUGUGGUCUCACUAUUUUAUGGUUCAAUCAUGAUGAUGUAUGUGAGCCCAGGGUCAGCCAGCCAACCUGAAAUGCAAAAAUUCAUUACCUUAUUUUACUCAGUUGCCACUCCGUUCUUCAAUCCCAUAAUCUACAGCUUUCGUAAUAAGGAAAUUAAGGCUACUUUAAGAAAAGUCCUGGGGAGAAUUUGA